AUAACGCGCGUCAGCUCGGGCAGGAAAGCGCAUCCUCACCGGUGUCAACCCCAUUUCAUGCUGCUUCUUUUCGCACAGGACACAAGCACGCACACGCCAUCGGGAACCGAAGACGCAUCACCGGAUGCGGCGAGGUGACGUGACGUUCCACGGAUGUUUGUGUCUGUCUGGUGGCCACAUUGCACCGCUGGAAUCCUCCGGUAGUGUCAAGACGGAUGUUGUCAUCUCCACGCUGCCAUUCCUCCAGACGAUGGUGAGGGUGAUGAUGGUGGUGGUGAGGAAGAGGACGGCGUGCAGGAAAUAGGUUCCUCCAUGACUCGAUGUGCCUUGAUCUCGUUCUAAAGUUGUGACCCAGAGCCUACUGGACCCCUCUUCAUCCGGUACCGACACCUCUGAAAGGAUGUGACCAAAGGAUCUCUUGGCUCUCACGGCUGCUAUGGACGUCCUCUGAUACCAGAUCGUGCUGGCUUUCUUUUGGAUGUAGACGAUGGUGUUGUUUCUGACCGGGGUCUCCAACAGUUCUUCUCAUGACAACCACACGGCAGGAAACCCCAGCCAUGAGGGCGGGCAUGUGCUGCCCUCCACGCUCAUCUUGUCUCUGGUCCUCAUCGUCGUCGUCCUGCUGACCAUCUACUGCCUCAGGUUCAAGAACCACAGGAAGGCUCUGGUGAAGUCGGUGGAUAAAAAGCUUCCGAAUGGCUUCCUGGAGGAACAAGGAGAGCAGAGAGUGGUCCUCCUGCCCAGGUCGCCCUCGCCCUCCAAGAGGUACUUCCCCAUCCCGUUGGACUCGCUGGAGGAGGAGUACCGCCUGCGCUCGGCCGACGACGGCAAGCUUUUCCGCGAGGAGUUCAACUCGCUGCCGUGUUACCACCCCCACGGCACCGUGGAGGAGGCCAGCAAGGAGCACAACAGGGACAAGAACAGAUACCCCAACAUCUUGCCAUACGACCAUUCCAGGGUGCUGCUCGGCAGCCAUAUCGGACGCCCGUGCUCGGACUACAUCAACGCCUCUUACAUCGACGGCUUCAAGCAGAAGAAGAAAUUCAUUGCAGCUCAAGGUCCAAAGCUGGAGACUGUGGCCGACUUCUGGCGGAUGAUUUGGGAGCAGAAGACCGCCACCGUAGUGAUGCUGACCAAUCUGAAAGAAAGAAAAGAGGAUAAGUGUUAUCAGUACUGGCCGGAGAAAGGCUGCCGGCUGCACGGCAACAUGCGAGUGACCACGGAGGACGUGACCGUGCUGGUGGACUACACCCUCCGCAAGUUCUGCGUCCAAUACCAAGGCAGCGAUGGACCCCGGGCCCCAUGCCGCGUCACCCAGCUCCACUUUACCAGCUGGCCAGACUUCGGGGUGCCGUUCUCGCCCAUCGGCAUGCUGAAAUUCCUCAAGAAGGUCAAGGCGGUCAACCCGCCGUACGCCGGGCCCAUGGUGGUGCACUGCAGCGCCGGCGUGGGGAGGACGGGCACGUUCAUUGUCAUUGACAGCAUGAUGGACAUGAUGCAGGCGGAGCAGAGGGCGGACGUCUUCGGCUUUGUGAGCAGAAUACGGGAGCAGCGCUGUCAGCUCAUCCAGACCGAUACGCAGUACUCCUUCAUCUACCAGGCCCUGCUGGAGCACUUCCUGUACGGGGACACCGAGCUGGACGUGUGCUCCCUGGAGGGCCAUCUGCAGAGGCUCCACAACACCCGGGCCCCCCACGACAGACUGGGCCUGGAGGACGAGUUCCGGAAGCUGACUAACGUCCGCAUAAUGAAGGAGAACAUGAGAACGGGGAACCUUCCGGCCAACAUGAAGAAGAACCGCGUGCUUCAGAUCAUCCCGUAUGAUUUCAACCGAGUAAUACUGUCAGUGAAAAGAGGUCAGGAGUUCACCGACUACAUCAAUGCCUCCUUUAUUGACGGCUACAGACAGAAGGACUACUUCAUGGCGACCCAGGCCCCGCUGUCUCACACGGCCGAGGACUUCUGGAGGAUGGCGUGGGAGUGGAGGUGUCGCUCCAUCGUGAUGCUGACUGAGCUGAAGGAGCGGGAGCAGGACAAGUGCUUCCAGUACUGGCCAUCAGAGGGCAGUGUGACAUUUGGAGACUACACCGUGGAGCUGAGUGGGGACUCGCAGGGUGAAGCCUUCACUCUCAAAGACUUGCUGCUCACUUGCAGAUCUGAGAAGCGGUCGCAACACGUCCGUCAUUUCCACUUCCACGGAUGGCCUGAGAUCGGAAUACCGUCGGAGGGCAGAGGGAUGAUUGACAUCAUCGCGGCGGUGCAGCGGCAGCAGCAGCAGUCUGGAAACCGUCCCGUCGUCGUUCACUGCAGUGCCGGCGCGGGUCGGACGGGCACCUUCAUCGCCCUCAGUAACAUCCUGGAGCGGGUGAAGGCCGAAGGCCUCCUGGACGUCUUCCAGACCGUCAAGAGUUUACGCAUGCAGAGGCCGCAUAUGGUCCAGACCGUGGAGCAGUACGACUUCUGCUACCGAGUGGUGCAAGAUUUUGUGGACAUCUUCUCCGACUACGCCAACUUUAAGUAGCGCUCGACCUCCGUCAAGAUUAUGCAAUUGUUGUUUUGGAAUGUAUGUUUUUAUAAGGUAACUGUCAGGUUCAAACACUGAUGACAUCUAUACAACAAGACAAGAGGCAAAGAAUUAAACAGAGACAGAAAUUCAAUUUGGACUCAAUUGAGGAGAAACGCCUGGACACACUGCACUCUUGUACAGUCCCCAGCACGCUCUUCCAAAAGAUUGCACUCCUCCUUCUUUAUUUGACUUUCUCCGACCACCUGACCACCGCGUCCACUUCCAAAGGGAAGUGGGUCGUAAACAGCGUUGCCUUUGGUUACAGAAUAGUUCAAAAGAAGAGGUCGUUUACCUACUCAGUGGC